AUGAUCCGGACAGAGCUUACAAGGUCGACCCCAGCGUUCUCUAGGGCCUUUUCUCGAAGUUAUACAAGUCGAAGGGACCUUCUUCCGACCACACAGUCUCCAAUCAUCACAAAACUCGAUUUUUUCAACUCGGUUGGAGGUAAAGAUAACCCAAUACCUACCUAUCGUCUCAUAGAUGGUGUUGGUAAACCACUACAAGGAGCCCAGCUACCUGAUAUCGACAAAGAUUAUGCUCGAAAAUUGUACGAGCACAUGCAACUUCUGCCAACUUUGGACAAUGUACUAUAUAAUGUCCAGCGCCAGGGAAAGAUAUCCUUCUACUACGGCGAAGAAGCCACUAUUAUCGGCUCGGCUGCUGCCCUGGAAAAGGACGACGAGUAA